GAUUUCAUAGGAGCCUUGGAGCUGACAUAAUUCUCACAUAAAGAUGUUUGUAUUUCCCUUUUCCAAUUAUUCUAGUUUUGUUUGUAUUCUUCGUUAACGUAUUUCUUAGUUGUGUUUCGUUUAAUGACCUUAGAAUGCUUUCUAAAGGGUUAUGUGAGGUGUAUACAAGGAGAUAUUCCUUUUUUAAGACUUGGACUUCAAAUUUGAUUAUUAGUCAUAAUCUCAGUUACCAUCUAAUCUUUGAAUGUUUGGUUUAUAUGCAUGGAGGUGUACAUGCCAAGAUAGUAAUGCAUACAUGAUAAUUUUAGUUUCUCUCUAUGGUCCUGGUCUGUGCUGUCUCAUUUCCAGGUUCAUAUAGCUGACUUUGACUGUAGUACAUUCCGAGAUAGUAAUGCAUAGUUGAUAAGUUUCUACAUGUACACACCUUAUAUAUAUAUAUGGUAACCUCCUUAUGACAAAAUUUUCUAUUUAUUGAUCAUCCUUUCACAUUCAAGUAAUUGUUAUACAUAAUUAAUAGCAGUUAUUUUCUCCAAGUGGGAAGAAAAAGAGAAGGUGAUUAUUUUGAUUUUCAUGUGAGAAGAAAAUGAAGAGCAAAUAAAAUUUAUGGGUUAUUACUCUGAGAUUGAUGUUGAACUGUGAUAUAGUUUUCCUCUGCUGCUUGCUUGAACUAAUAUUUUCAUUACAUGAGUUGAUCAGUGUAGCCAGGUGUCAUCUUUUUCAAGCAAUAGAUGUAGGUGGUGAACAGAUUGUAUAGAAGUUUAUGAAGGGUUUGUUUAUCUGUAAGUACUUCCGAUCUCCCCUCUCCACACAUGUUUGAAUUUUUGUGUUGAAACCUUAGAGCUGUAGUGUUUCUUUCUGAGUCAUUUUAAUCUGUGUAUAUCCCAGUGGAUUAGCAUGUGACAGUUGAUAAUCACAUAUUCAUGAUUAUGUUUGUGGUUCUCGUUUGAUUGGCUUCUUAUCUUUAUAUGCAUUUUUUGUAGCAGAAUAUUCUUGUUAAGGGACCCUUUGUCAUAUUUUGCCUGCCUUUUCUUGAUAUCUAGUAGCAUUUGUUGUAGAGGGAUGACCAAUACUGGAUCUUGACAAUGAAGUUAUAUCCUAACCCAACUUGAAGCUGAAGUGCUCCUGUGUCUGGGGAGUAUCAACUAUCAGCUUUCUGCGAGGAAUCUUACAGGGAUGAAGAAAGGAGAACAGGAAAUAAGAAGCACAACAAAAGGAGCAGCAGUGUAAGGACAUGGUGGACCAUUUUCUCAAAGAGAAGUAGUUUGCAGAAACUGCAGAGAGAAGUGACAGAAAAGUAGUUGUUUCUGGCUGGAUUCGCUUAACUCUUGCCGGGCAAAGUCUUAACAAAAGGGGCAAUAAUAUUCUCAGAUUUUGAUUACUAUAUUAAAGUUGCAGGCAGAACAGAAGGGUCUUCAAUCAGAUAAGGCAACAAGCCAUGCUGCUACUACUCUCAAAUCAACACGAGCUCAGGGAAGAUUGAAUGGGCUAUACAUCAAGUUGAGAGAGUUGGAAGCUCAGCCGGACUAAGCGGUGAUGAGGGAGAAGAUGGUGAAGUUGCUGGUGAGGAUGAGGAUGAUGGUGAAAGCUGAUCAUCAUCAUCCCUUAAUUUGCUUCCUCUUCUCAUGUAUUGUCUUACCUUUCAUUCCCCUUCAAUUAUGAACAAAAUAUGCUUUAUAAUAAGUUUCUUAUAAUAACCCACAAAGCAGAACUCAAUGAUGCACAAUUAUCUGUGGCAUCGCUAUUAUUAUGUCCCUAGUGAGGUAAUAAAUGGCGUUCACCUGAUCGUUUGAGAAGUCGGUUUGCAGACGACUGUACAUGAACCCAGCCCCAGAAACAUCAAGGCCUUAAGCAUAACCACGUCCAUAACAUUAACAUCGGCCCAUAUCCGUCAAUCUAAAACGACAUCGCUGCAUUGAGCAAAAUCGAUCUCCAUUUUGUGAGAAAUGACCCAAGUUUGAGCAGUAGCAGGAAAAAAUGGAGGAAGAAAAAGCGGCAGCUUACUACGACGAGUUGACUCGGAAAGGGCAGGGAGCCGCUCGAUUUAAGCAAGGUCUUGGUUUCUCCUCUUCUUCCCCUACCCAAAAUGACGACGUUUUCACUAAACAAACCCCCUCUUCUUCUUCAUCAUUUCUUAGCAACUUCGUAAAAGCUUCGAGUCCAACCACAACCUCCAAUCUCGAGAAACAAGCUCAACUCCAGUCCAUCCAAAACAAGCUCAAGAAGAAACCCGAUGAGGGAAAACAGACCCAAUCUAGGGACAGCAGAGACCCAGAGAGGGAUCGUAGGGACAGAGACAGAAAGAGAGAUCAUAGAGAUAGAGACAGGGAGAGAGAUUCUAGAGACAGAGAUAGGGAUUAUACAGACAGAGACAAAGAUAGAGAUAGAGAUUAUAGAGGCAGAGACAGAGAUAGAGAUAGGGAUUAUAGAGAUAGAAACAGAGAGAAAGAGAGGGAGAGGGAUUAUAGAGACAAAGAUAGAGACCGAGACAGAGAGAGGGAUUACAGAGAUAGAGGCAGAGACAGAAACGAGGACAGAGAGAAGAGGAAGAGAAGGAGUGUGUCGCCGCGAGAUAGGAGAAGGGAAGAGAGGAAUGAUAAAGUUGAUUAUUCGAGGUUAAUUGAAGGCUAUGACAAGAUGAUACCGGCUGAAAGAGUUAAAGCAAAGAUGAAACUUCAGCUUGCUGAAACUGCUGAAAAGGAUGAAACUAAGGGAAUGGGCACCGGAUGGGAGCGGUUUGAGUUCAAUAAGGAUGCCCCUCUUGAUGAUGAGGAAGUUGAAGCUGCAGAUGAUGAUGCUGCCCUGGUCAAGCACAUAGGGCAGACUUUCCGGUUUUCUGCUAUUGAGGCUAGAAGAGAGGAACAAAUAAAAGCUGCUCAUGAUGAAGCCAUGUUUGGAGCAUCAGCAGUUCCACCUUGCAUUACCUCAGAGAGUGAGCCAGAGGUAGAUGACAGUGAAAAGAAGAACAAUGAAAGUGGCAAUGCUACAAGCCUCUUUAGUGAGAAGGUUCUUUCAAAGCAACAAGGUUCUUGGCGUGAUCGGGCUCGGAAACUUUAGAGAUGGAUCUAUAAGAUGAUAUCCAGUGUCAGAAAUUGACCUAAGGAUUAGUCAAAUAGUUGUAAAUAGCAUUUGAUAUUAUUGAAUUUUAACAGCUCUUAUGUUGGAUUUAUCUUGUACGAAAGAGCUUCUCUUUCAAUUUCAUGGUGGAAAAGCCUGUUUUAUCACAAAUCUACAGAUGACAAAUAUUUUGCUCAAUGUUUCCUUGUUAAUACCCGACGUUGUUUCAUUAUGAAUAUGUGUUGCUUUA